UUUAGCUCCAACUUUGAGCGGGAAAACCCUGAAAAGAUUGUGAUGGAAGUUUCAAGUCUUCCGAUAUCGGCGUCGCUGAGGGCGAAGCUUAUCUCCGGCGGCUACACUUCUAUUUCUUCUCUCUUUUCCGUUUCUCACUCCGAUGUUGCCCGCGGCACUCGAGAUUUUGAGAGUUGCAUCACAAAGGAGGGGAUCAGAAAGAUCUAAUGGAACUAGCUCUAUUGUCAAUGGAGCACAGAGUGCCUGGGAAAUGCUAAAUGAGGAGAAAUUGCUUGGACGUAUCACAACAUCCUGUUCAGAGUUGGACGACAUCUUGGGUGGGGGUAUAAGUUGCAAAGAGGUUACUGAAAUUGUCUUGUCUAUGAAGAUAAAUUAUUUGCUGAUUGUUUCAGGUGGGGUGCCAGGAAUUGGUAAAACACAACUUGGGAUACAACUUGCAGUGAAUGUUCAAAUUCCCAUGGAUUAUGGCGGUCUUCAAGGCAAGGCAGUAUAUAUAGAUACAGAAGGCAGUUUCAUGGUGGAGCGUGCUCUACAAAUUGCUGAAGCUUGUUUGGAAGAUAUGCGCGAAUAUCAUGGAUUUUUAAAGAGGGAUUUACAAGCUUGUCAAGUUAACAUGCAGCCAAAGGAUUUCCUUGAGAACAUAUUCUAUUUUCGCGUUUGUAGUUACACUGAGCAAAUUGCUGUUGUAAAUUACUUGGAAAAGUUCAUCUCAGAGCAUAAAGAUGUUAAGGUUGUUAUAAUUGAUAGCAUUACAUUCCAUUUCCGUCAAGAUUUUGAUGACAUGGCCCUUAGAACCCGACUACUGGGUGGAAUGGCCUUAAAGCUGAUGAAGCUUGCAAAGAAAUUUACUUUGGCAGUUAUCCUCUUGAAUCAAGUAACCACCAAGUAUACAGAAGGUCAAUAUCAAUUAACUCUUGCAUUAGGAGAUAGCUGGUCACAUGCUUGCACUAACCGGGUGAUUCUAUACUGGAAUGGUAUCGAAAGGUAUGCAUACAUUGACAAGUCGCCUUCUGUUCGAUCAGCAGCAGCUGCAUAUUCCGUAACAGGCAGAGGGAUUCGGAGCUCUGUUUCAAACUGUAAACGAGUCAAGAUGAUGUAAGUUCUCGGUUUGAAAUUAAAAGAUAAAAUGAAUGGAACUCCUUUCUAUCUUGUAUGGAACUCCAGGGUGAGAAACUGAGGUUUACAUGAAGUGACAUGAUCUUGUAAAUACUUUGCUUAGCCAUGAACUUCUGUUGUAUGAGAAGAUAAUUUAUUUGUGUAGCAUCUUAUUUACAUACAAGUUAAAAAAAGAUUCUUACUCAUUAA